AUGCUCGAACGCCUCCCGAGCCUUAUGCUGGCGGAGGCUGCCAGCUGCUUGCGCUACACCUGCCAUACCCCAAAGUGCAAACCGCAGGUGAAUGCCUUGGUGCGUGCCAUCGCCAUUCACUGGGCGCAGGUGGAGGACUUGUCUGGGCUUUGUGUGGUGGAGGUCGUGGAUGCCUUAGACAACUUUGCUUCCUGGUCGAUGCAGCCGUUUGACUUGCUGCGUCGGCUUGAUCCCAUCUUGGUGGAGCGCGAGGUGGAGCUGAAAUACACCGGCAACGUGAUGCUGUGGGUGUCUGCGACACGAAGUCUGGCCAACAUGAAGUGCAAAGAUGCCACGUGGCCUUUGCGCGCCUUGGAGCUUUGUCGGGACAAGACGUUCGCGGACAAGGUCUCCUUCUUUCAGCAGUGCACGCUGAUUGAAAGCUUUGCGAAGCUGAGCCUCUUUGAUGACACGGCUUACAGGAAUCUAGCAGAGCUGCUCCUUUCCGAAGCCAGUCUCUUCAAGGAGUUGAAGGACAUUGCGCCCGUUGCUUGGGCAGCAGCAUCUAUGGGCUUCAUCCACAAGGAGCUCCUGGAUGCGCUGUACAUCCGCAUCAUGGAGAUGUUCGAGGCGGAGAGCCUCGACAUGUCCAAGCGUGACACGAAUAUCGCUGUUACGCAGGCUGGGUGGAGCUUCGCCGUUGCUGGCUACCACAGGCAGUAUGAAUCAUUUUCGAGUUUCUUGGAUUACGUUUUCUGGAACAGCUCGACCCCCGCUGCUGCACAGCGACUUCGGGCGGAGCUUGCCGAGCUGAGCGUGACGGAGGUCCCGGAUGUCGUGGCACUCUGCCAGUGCUCGGACCAGGUGAAAGCAGCGGCGGCCGAGCCAUGCACAAGGACAGGACCUGAGGAGGCUCAGCUACCGGCCUUCCGAUCGGAUGUGGCAGCCGCACUUCAGGAGAUGGGCUGGAAUUACAGCAUGGGCAAUGCAGCUGCAGACAGCUCGGUCGAAGGGCGCCAGAUCGAGUAUGCGCUCGUGGGCGAGGAAGGAGCGGAACCUGUCCUCCUCUUCUACCCGCUUGGCGCGUGCCGCUUUUUGGCAGCUGUGUUUGCAACUCCGGCUCGGCGUGCUGGAGCCCGGUUAAUAUGUUUAAACCGGCCCGGCAUGGGCAAGGCCUCGCCAGCCCAGACCGGGAAUGUGAGCGAUCACAUCGCCGCGCAUUGUCAAGAUGCUGUGAAAUGCUUGGACCAUUUGGGCUACGAGCGUGCUCGUGUGCUGUUUCUUUGCGCCGGUGCUCCUUUCGCCUUGGCUUUCCAGGCACGAUAUCCGGCACGAACCUUUGGUCGCCUUGUCGGCUGCUCUGCUUGGGUGUCGCCUCUCGACUGCCCACGGGCGAAGCUCAUGUAUCGGCUCAGCGCGAGCCUUCCCUCAACGAUGCUUGCCACGCUGGCAGACGCUGUCGCCGGCUGGACCAGAGCGGUGCCCUCUUCGACGGCUUUCUCGUCUCUUCCGACAUCUUCCAUGCCAAACAGCACCUCGUCCAUGACCCAGUCUUUCCAGGGACCGCAGGCAGUGCUUCUGGAAAAGAAUGCGCCCGAAGACAGCCAGGCCGAUCUCGCCCUUCUGAUCGACUGCUGCGCCACAUUGGCCAACAAGUUCGGCCAGGAGACGGGCGGUGAAGGGGCAGAUGCGGCCACUCUGGUCGAGAGUUCCUCGGCAUGGGGGGUGGACUACUCCAGCCUUGACUGCUCCCUGGUGCUACUGCACGGGGAUGAGGACACCACGGUGCCUGUGGAAUGCAUCGAGUGGCUCCAGGAGAAGAUCCCACAGACCAUCGUGCACCGCAUACCUGGGGCCCAGCAUGGUGACACCAUGCUCCUCGGCAUUUCUGCAGCGUUGCGGUUGUUGAUGCCGCAGAAAGCGCUGCCAGCUUAG